GUUUUGAUCCGUAAGUGAAGAAAGAAGAAGAGCUGCACCAUACACGACUUUCUUAAACACCUUAGUUGAGCUAAGUCCACAUUUACUAACUCCACUAACUAACAGAUAGCAAAAAUAUUCUCAAUCCUCUUAAAUGCAUGCCUCCCGCUGCUUAACAAAAGUUGAAAUGUUAAUAUACGUUGAAAAAACUGCGGUAUUGACUUAAAAUGAGAAAAUUAAUCAUAGGAAUAGGUGGGAUGACAAAUGGAGGAAAGACCACUCUGAGUAAAGGCCUCCAGGAGCUUCUGCGUAACAGCCUCGUUAUUUCUCAAGACAACUUUUUCAAGGAUGACUCGGUGGUCCCUGCUGAUGUCAAUGGCUUUAAGCAAUAUGACACUUUGGAUGCCCUGCACAUGGACAGGAUGAUGGCAGACAUUGGCUCGUGGCAGGAGGAUCCUCAGGGCUUCAUGACGUCUCGUGGUCAUGCAGAAGACACAGCAUUUGAGCCAUCCAAUGUGUUUGUUCUUAUAGUGGAGGGAUUCCUCAUUUUUAAUCAUGGGCCACUUAAUACAUUGUUCAACAAGAGGUACUUCCUGCAGAUCCCUUAUAAGAUAUGUAAAGAGAGAAGAAGCUCACGAGUCUAUGUGCCUCCGGAUCCACCAGGCUACUUUGAUGGAUAUGUCUGGCCCAUGUACUUGAAAAACAGAAAAGUGAUGGAAGAAACUGUAAAUGACAUUGUGUUUCUGGAUGGCACAAAGAAGAGCGAGAUGUUGCUCUCAACUGUUCUUGCAGACAUUCAGGAAAUUCUUAAGGUUACAGAGAGAUGAGUUGUCACUUUCCAGAUUUUGAGGACCAUGAUUUCCAGCAGUCAGCAGUGUUUUCUGCAAGUAUAUUAUGAAUAUAUCAACGAGUUCCUCAUAGCAUGUCUUAUUUCACUUCCUCAUUAAAGUCGAUUUGCCACAAGCUAUGUGACUGCCAUAUGACAAUCUGAAGCAUGUGCAUUAAUACUAAAAAUACUUUUUGUAAAAACUGUUCUUGCAGACAUUCAGGAAAUGCUUGCCAUGCAAACAAGCCUGUGGUGG